GAGCAAUGAGGGUGUUGGCUAAAAACAACAGUGUCUUGAUGGGAAAGGAGGAGCGAUGGGGAAGACUGGAGUGUCUCAGGCCCUCUCAGUGGAUGGGUGUUGUGGGAGAGAGGAGGCUGGGAGACAGGUCUCCCUCUGGAGUUCAGCGCUGAGUUGCUGUCCAAAUCAGUGGUCCUUGGAAUCUAUAAAACAAAACCGAGGACUUCAGAGGUGCAGCCAGAGGAGCCACACUCCAAAAGGACCACUUCCAGACGCCAUGCGGCAAACCCUGCUGCUGCUGCUGCUGACGGUGCUGCACCCCAGCUGGGCAGAUCUUCUCCAGAAGGUCCCGCUCUUCCGGAUCACUCAGCAGGGCCCCUGGGGGAGCAGUGGCAGCAACGCCACCGACUCGCCCUGCGAGGGGCUGCCCGCCGCGGAGGGUAGUGGUGUGAUCUUGGCUCACCGCAAUGCUUCUGAUACCGUGGGCAUGGUUCUCCUGGCGCUCGCCGGGAAUCCGCUGCAGGCGCUACAGCCCCGGGCCUUCGCCUGCUUCCCCGCGCUGCAGCUCCUCAACCUCUCCUGCACCGCGCUGGGUCGCGGCGCACAGGGGGGCAUCGCCGAGGCGGCGUUCGCUGGAGAGGAUGGCGCGCCCCUGGCCACGCUCGAAGUCCUGGAUCUCAGCGGCACGUUCCUCGAGCGGGGUGAGUCCGGGCGCCCCGCGUUUUCAGCAGACCUGAGCGCAAAGCCAGGCUGCGCGUGCGCUCCUGAGGGCAGGGCUGCAUUCUUCCUCGAGGGGUGCUGCAACUUGAGUUCCUUCCCUCCUUGGACCCUGGAUUCCUCCCAGGUCCUAUCGAUCAACCUUUUUGGCAACCCCCUCACUUGUAGCUGUGACUUGUCUUGGCUCCUCAUGGAUGCAAAGAGAACUGUCCUAAGCAGGGCAGCAGACACUGUGUGCACGCCAGCUGCGGGAUCCAGCGGCCCCUUCUCAGCCUCCCUGUCACUCUCCCAGCUGCCUGGAGUGUGCCAGUCCGACCAAAGCACUACUCUCCGAGCUUCACACCCACCCGGCUUCAACCACUCCACCUACCCACAAGGUCCCACCAUGGCGCCCAGCGCAGCCCCUGCCACCCAGCCUGAGGGAGACCAGCAGAGUGUCUCCAAGGCCCCUAACGUGGGCUCCCGCACGACAGCUGCAUGGCCGCACAGCGAUGCACAGGAGGGGACUGCCUCUUCCACGACCAACUCUGUAGCAGGUCACAGCAACUCCAGCGUUUUCCCCAGGGCUGCCAGCGCCACCGCAUCCCAGCACAGAGGAGAACAUGUCCCCGGGCUUGUCGUUGAGCCUAGUAUCUCAGCUGCCUCCACCCCACUGGCGAGCAAGCUCCUGGACCCCUUCCCUACCUCGUGGACCCCCAUAAGCUCGCCUCAGCCCGGCCAGAGGACACACGCCACACCUCAAGCCCCAAACCCGAGUCCUUCUGAGGGCGGGAUUCCAGUCUUGCUGCUAGACGACUACAGUGAGGAGGAGGAGGGGAGGAAGGAGGAGGUGGGAAUGCCUCACCAGGAUGUCCCCUGUGAUUACCAUCCCUGCAAGCACCUACAGACCCCGUGCGCUGAGCUGCAGAGGCAGUCCCGGUGCCGUUGCCCCGGCCUCAGCGGAGAAGACACCAUCCCAGACCCGCCCAGGCUGCAGGGGGUGACGGAGACAACGGACACGUCGGCGCUGGUCCACUGGUGUGCCCCCAACUCGGUAGUGCACGGGUACCAGAUCCGCUACUCUGCGGAGGGCUGGGCGGGGAACCAGUCGGUGGUGGGGGUCAUCUACCCCACGGCCCGGCAGCACCCUCUGUACGGGCUGUCGCCGGGCACCACCUACCGCGUGUGCGUGCUGGCGGCCAACAGGGCAGGCCUGAGCCUGGAGGAGCCUGGAGGCUGGAGGAGCCCGUGCGCCGCCUUCACCACCAAGCCCAGCUCUGCGCUCCUGCUCUCCGGGAUGUGCGCAGCCAGCGGCCUGCUGCUCGCCAGUACCUUGGUGCUGUCCGCGUGUCUCUGCAGGCGGGGCCAGACGCUACGCCUGCAGCGCUGCGACACGCACCUAGUGGCCUGCAAAAACCCGGCCUUUGAUUACCCGCUGGAGCUCCAGACCGUCAGUUAGCCCAGCUUCUGGGCAAACGCCUCUAACCGAACUGGAUCUGAGCGCAGAAAGGUACAGAAGGUCAAAAACGACCCCAUCCGCUCCUAGGGUUUCUAAUUCCCGUGAAGCCAGAAUGCCCUGGGCACACAUGGAACUUGCCACACUGAGUGUCUCAGUCCAAGGAACAACUGCCCUCCCUUCCUUCUACUUUACUCUCUGUUCCCAGAAACCUGAUGGUCAAUGCCAGAUCGCUCCCCACUGCGGCCAGGCCUUCUUGUGUGUUGUUUCGUUUGGGGUUUUCAGCAGUCAGUGCCCUUCUAUCCAGUAGAAUAGUGUAUGGAAGUUGGAAGGGAUGAAACAGGGAAAUUGCAUAACCCAGCCUCUUUGAUCGUUAGAAAUCACAUCCUCAGGUCUUUCCAGCGGAAGCUCCUUCAUGGUCAAGCUCUAAGGCAUAAUGAGCUCUGUUAUUCAAGAAAUCAAUUCCAGUGGA